AAACAAACCAAAAAAUACCACCAAUUCCUUCUAAAAGUUUACCAUACAAAAUGGCGGAUGAACUCCCGUUAUGGUUCCCACCCAUGAGUAGCGACGAUUCAUCCGAUAGUAGCAUUCUUUUUUUUCAAAAUCUCAUCGAAGAAGCCGAACUUCAAGAUACCGGCACAUCUAACCGAAGGAGAUAUAUUGAACGUCAACGUGAGGAGGGGCAUGAGACACUCAUGGCGGAUUAUUUUGUCGAAGACCCGAAGUACAACGAAGAUAUCUUUCGGCAUAGGUUCCGUAUGUCGAAACGUUUGUUUCUAAAAAUUGUGUCCGAUGUGGAAGAGAACGACCCGUGGUUUGUAGAGGCCCCCGAUGCGCGAGGUAGGAAGGGCUUUACGCCCUUGCAAAAGGUGACAUCGGCUAUUAAACAGCUCGCAACUGGAAACACUCCAGACGAGAACGACGAGUACUUGCAUAUGGCCGAAAGAACUUCCCGCGAGUGCCUAGAAUAUUUUUGUGACACGGUUUGCAAAAUAUAUGGUCCAGAGUUCUUACGUAGACCGACAAGCCACGACAUGGCACUUUUAUACCAAGCUCAUGAGGAAAAACAUCACCUUCCAGGUAUGUUCGGUAGCCUUGAUUGCACCCAUUUCGUUUGGCGUUUUUGUCCGACAGAGAAAUUCAAGAGGCAACAUGAGGCGGCAAGAAAAGACGUCGAACGGGCUUUUGGUGUUUUGAAGGGGAAAUGGGGUGUAUUGAGUCGACCAAUGCGAGCAAGAUCGAAUUGA